AUGAUUUCUGCGGUUUUGGUGCUGUUAUUUGCUACGGUGACCGUCGCAAAAUAUGCGCCAACAUGGGAUUCCAUCGAUUCCCGCCCACUACCAACCUGGUAUGAUGACGCAAAAUUUGGAAUCUUCAUGCAUUGGGGAGCAUAUUCUGUGCCAGCCUUCAGGGAAUGGUUUUGGUGGUACUGGCAGGGGCCCCAUCCCGACAAAGCUACCAUCGAAUACGUAUCCAAAAACUACGCGCCGGAUUGGAGUUACGCCGAUUUUGCUCGGGAUUUCAAAGCCGAGCUGUUCAACGCCGAUGAAUUCCGGAAUAUUGUGAAUGCUUCUGGGGCAAAAUAUUUUGUACUAACCUCGAAACAUCAUGAGGGUUUUACCAUGUGGCCUUCCAAAACUUCGUGGAAUUGGAAUUCGGUCAACGUUGGCCCGAAAAGGGAUAUUGUCGGUGAAUUAAAGAAAUCCUUCGCCAAAUCCGAUAUCCAUUUCGGACUUUAUUUCUCGUUAUUUGAAUGGUUCCAUCCACAAUAUUUAGAAGACGUUGCAAAGAACACUAGCACCUACGUCCAGCAAGUCUCUUACCCUCAACUCUUGGAAAUUGUCAACACCUACGAACCGGAUGUUAUCUGGUCUGAUGGAGACUGGGAUAUGUCGGAAGAUUACUGGAAAAGCAAGGAGUUCUUGGCAUGGUUGUAUAAUGAAAGCCCCGUGAAAGAUAAGGUGGUUACAAAUGAUCGGUGGGGUAAGGGAGUAAUGGGAAAACAUGGCGGCUUUAUGACUUAUCAAGACCAUUAUGACCCUGGAACGCUUUUGCCAAGAAAAUGGGAAAACUGCUUGACGCUUGAUAAGGAAUCUUGGGGGAACAGAAGGACAAUGACGAGCGAAGAUGUGCGUACCGCAUAUGACGUUAUUGAACAAAUUGCUAGAACAAUCUCUUGUGGCGGAAAUGUUCUAUUAAACGUUGGACCGGACUCCCAUGGAAAAAUUCCGCCAAUUUUUGAGGAUCGCCUCCGAGAAAUCGGCAAAUUUGUGCAUGCAAAUAAGGAUGCCAUCUACGGAUCGAAACCUUGGGUUCACCAGAAUGACAGUGGAAAUAUUUGGUACACCAGCCGACUUCGUUCCGAAGCUACCAGAAACCCACUUUUCAACCCGCAGGAUGAGCAUGAUACUAUCAUUUACGCCUGGAUUCUGGAUGUCAAGCACCCGAAUUAUACGCUCAGCCAUGUUAGGGCGACAGAUAAGACAAAAAUUUCAAUCCUCUCCACCGGAACUGUGCUAAACCAAUCGAGAACCCAGGAAGGAAAGCUGACCGUUUUGCUAGAUCUGUUCUUCGUUUUCAGGAUGCUCCUUAGUCUUUUGAUAUUUAUCUAUAUUCCACUAAUAUUAUGCCAAGAGGCCGCCAAACCAAAACCCUAUGAAUUAAUGGCACAACGAUUUAUGGCUACACUCCCUGAAUUACCGCAAGUAAUCCAGGGCCAAAUGCAGGGGAAUCCAGAUGGAUUGAAGAAAAUGGUUUCUUCUGUGCUUGGAGAUAGUCUAAUUAGUAAACUGGCGCUGGAUCCGGUUGGGACUGCCGAGGGAUUAGGGGUCUCAAUGGACGCCCUUGGACUUAAUAAGACCGAUGUCAUGGCAAAAUUAAACAAUGCUACAAAUGGACUUGCUGGGUCAUUUUUGAAUAAAGAUGGCUCAAAGGCAGAAAGUGGAAUGGGAUUGCAAAACCUUCUAUUCGCUACUACCCCUUCAACCACUACAGUAAUGUAUAUGGAUGGCAGACCGAUAAGUCAAGACGAAUUAGAGAAUUAUAUCAAGUACAUUGCCGAAUCCGUCCUGUCUGCACUGAAAAGAAACGGAAUCACCCAAACCACCACCGCACUCCCACCACAACCAUCCGUGGAUACGCUGUCUAAUUUUGAUAUGGGAUUGGUUGACCCUGUUCGAAUGGGUGAGGUCAAUCAUUUGCUGAGGAGGGCUCCGCAAAAAUUUGAUACCUUGGAUUCAGACGAUGGACAAUUACCUAUCGCGCCUUUGGACCCGACAAUCGACUCAGUGCUAACUACACUGAGAACGAAAAGCUUUUCUGGGCUGUCGGUUGGGGUCCUCCAAAAUGAACUUAUCGAGCAAAAGAAACGCAUUGAGGAGCAGCGAAAAAUGGAAGAGGAGCUGAGAAAGAAGGAAAAAGAGCUCGAAGAACAACGUAUGGAAAUGGAGCGCCAACUACAAAAACAACUCCACUCUUGGCAUUCCUCGUUUAAUGAUGCUCCUCCGGGAUUCGAAAUGCCCACCUUGCCACCAAUGAUGGAAUUCGAAGAUAAUAAAAUGCCUGAAAUCCCGCCAUCACAGGAUAUUAUGAUUAGUGAUGAUAACCUCCUACCACCACAAGGUUUACCUGAACCAACCCGAGCCCAAAUGGAAAGCCCCUCACCUCCAGGCACCGAAGAAAAAUAUUUUUCACCCCCCAAAAUAUCGGUAAAACCAUCAAGUAGCCGCAAUUUCUUCCCGGUACCCGAAAUCAAAGACGAACUCCCCGAACUGCCCCCUCAAAUCAAAUCUCCCCUUAGCCAGCUGCGAUAUGCCCCUAGGCAUCUUGAUACUACCAUUGAUACUAAAGAAAUUACCAUGCCAUCAAACUGUGAAUGCGUUACGACCACGAUGGAAAAAAUGGCCGGUGAUUGGUAUACCGUACUCGGCUCUGAUAACUCGGCCCGAAAAACCCAAUCAAAUGUUGCCAAACUAAUUGGAAAAAGCUCUAUUCAGAUGCAAUGUCAAAAAUAUGAAAUAAUCGCCUCGGGAGCUGAUGAAGGGCAAGUUAAUUGGAUGUUCAAAACGACAACCUCCAGCAAAUUAAAACAAUAUGCUGGAACAAUCAACUCCUUGGAUGGUAUUAUUGCUAGUAUGAACUUAAGAAAUAGGAAAGGCCGGGAAACUAGUACUCAGUUUUGCGUCUUAAAAACAGGAGGAAAUUCACGAUAUGAAUAUAUGGUUACGGUGGAUCCAGAAGGUGCUUGUAACGAAGCUACAUUAUGGGUCCGAAGCCCAGAACAUUUCUUCGACCAUGACAACUUUGAGCUUCGGAAAUAUUUGAAACAUAAAAUCUCCCAAAAAGAAAUGGAUCCGAUGAACAUCUUGUCCUUUGGCGGUGAAUGCCGA